AUGACUCACCCAAAGAUCCCAAAUUUCGCUGCUAUGAAGCGUUCCAGCCAAGCUGGCAACCAACACGCCCGACCCGUUCCGGAACCGAAGGGACUCACUUUCGUAGAGAGUAUGACCCUCCUGGGAGUAAACAACGAGAAGUCUUCUGGCUUAAGACUGGUGAACAACUCUCCUGGAGGGGGACGUCAGGAGAACGUCGUCGCCAAAGUCCCUGGCCUCGGGGGCACAUACUCGGCAAUUGUCGACAACCCUGGGAGUCUGAUAGACGCCUACAAUAUUUUGCCUCGUGGCAAGAUCAGUGUGAUCUUUGCUGUCACCCCCAACGGGUCGGGCGUCAACAUGACGUCCACCGAAAUCCCGUGGUCUGUCUUGAAGGCGCAGGAGGACGACGCCGCCACCGCCACGACAGAGAACAUAAUCGAUCAAGUCCAAGCCCUUGAUGACGACGAGACGGUCAUUGGAGACGACGAGACUGUUGUCGGGGAAAACGACAUUCCCAAAAAGGGGACCGUCGGAGAAAACAACGAGACGACUCCGGAGCCCACCACCACCACCCAACCCAGAAAGGCCAUGACCGCGGAGUGUGCACCCAAGCACACGCGGGCCCAUGAUCCGACACGAAGAUUGGGUAAGAACCCCGAAACGAGAAGUUCUAGCAGGAUGAACCGAAGACCUGGGCAAGGUAGCUGCGAGUGUGCCCUUCCUGGAUGA